AAUCGAUUAUAGUAUCUCCUUACAAUGUAUAUCUUUCAUCAUCGAUAUUUUUUUAAAGUUAAUUAUAUCAUUUGUUAGUAAACAAGCAUAAAAGUACAUGACAGUCCUUGAAAUGGACGGACAGGAGCCCGGGAUCAUGGAUUACGUUCACCUGCAAGGUGUACAGAUAAUCCAUCAAAUUCAACACACAUUCCGGCACCAUGUGGACCUGAUGCAGAUGUUGACUCGUUUAGGAGAUCCCAGAUACGCCUUUCUGAUCUAUUUCCCACUGGCUUACUGUUUCCAUCGAACUACUGGAACCAGAGUGCUGUGGAUUGCCUGUUUGUCUGAAUGGUUGAAUGGUGUCUUAAAAUGGAUUUUACAUGGAGAGAGACCAUAUUGGUGGGUUAAUGAAGUCAAACUUCAUGAUCAUGUUUUGAGUAUUCCUUCUUUGGAACAGUACAGCCUCACUUGUGAAACAGGACCAGGUAGUCCAUCGGGACAUGCUAUGGUCACCUCUGCCGUGCUCUACUCCAUCGGUAUCUUUAUCAAACAUGGACUGAAACAGACAAGACGAUUAGAGCAAGUGUUAGUGUGGAUCUCCUUUGUUGUGGUUCUUGUAGCAGUCAACAUAUCCAGGCUAUUUAUAGCGACACAUUUUCCUCAUCAGGUGGUGGCUGGGUCAUUGACAGGAAUUUUACUAGCCGAGGUUGUUAAACAUGAGCAUACCUCUAACCUGUCCUUUAAGCACUACUUAUUCUGGAGUCUAUUUUUAAUAACUGGAGUGUUCUUGACUUAUUUUGCCAUUUCUGUUCUUGGACUGGACCCUCUAUGGAGCCUCACUUAUGCCAAGAAAUGGUGUGCUAAUUCAGACUGGGUUCAUCCAGAUACAACCCCGUUUUUCGCUUUUGUACGAGACGUGUCCUCUUUGUUAGGUUUUGGAGUGGGUGUCUUGUUUCUAAACAGGAAGAAGAUGGCAGUAGAUGUAGGGAUGGGACAAAAACUUGUUCAUGUUGUAAUGUCACUAAUAUGGACAUUAACCAUAGAAAACUUAAAGUUCUCAACAGCGACUUUACUUUUCUAUGUGGUUGGAUUUCUAAAAUUCAGUACAAUGAUGAUUGGAGUAGUGUAUGUUAUACCAUGGAUUGUUUUUAAAAAUAAAAUGAAGGAAAGUUAUUGGUGCUUUGCGUAUUUUUUACUGAGUUUUAUAUGUGUAGUGUGA